CUGGCGCACAACUCCACGGCGACCCUCUCCGUAAUUAAGGAUUACCUGAUCAACAAACUGCAGAGGGAGAGCCAGCAGAUCGAGGACGACGAGCGUAAGAUCUCUCAGUACCGAGAGGAAACGGCCCACCUGCGCUCGGAGAUCCAGGAGCUGAAGAGCAGAUCCGGGUUCGGCGGGGAGGCGUCCCCCUCGGAGCGGCAGCUUCUGACCGUGUACGACCUGGAGAACAAGUUCGUGGCCUACAGCUGCGGGUUCGAGGACGUGAUGGACGUCGUGGCGGAGUGGGGCUCGUUCUACGUCCUGACCCGGGACGGGAAAAUGGCCGCCCUGCAGGAGAGGGACACGCAGACCAAGCUGGAGAUGCUGUUCAAAAAGAACCUGUUUGUGAUGGCCAUAAACCUGGCCAAGAGCCAGCACCUGGACAGCGACGGGCUCUCGGAGAUAUUCCGUCACUAUGGCGACCACCUUUACCUCAAAGGGGACCACGACGGCGCCAUCCAGCAGUACAUCCGCACCAUCGGAAAGCUGGAGCCCUCGUACGUGAUCCGUAAGUUCCUGGACGCGCAGAGGAUCCACAACCUGACGGCGUACCUGCAGGCGUUGCACCGGCAGUCGCUGGCCAACGCCGACCACACCACGCUGCUCCUGAACUGCUACACCAAACUCAAGGACAGCUCCAAGCUGGAGGAGUUCAUCAAGAGCAGCGAGACUGAGGUCCACUUCGACGUGGAGAUCGCCAUUAAGGUCCUGCGGCAGGCGGGUUACCACCGGCACGCCGUCUUCCUGGCCGAGAGGCACCAGCACCACGAGUGGUACCUGAAGAUCCAGCUGGAGGACCUCAAGAACUACCAGGAGGGCCUGCGCUACAUCGGCCGCCUGCCCUUCGAGCAGGCCGAGAGCAACAUGAAGCGCUACGGAAAAACCCUGAUGCACCACGUCCCUGAAGGCACCACGCUGCUGCUGAAGGGCCUGUGCACCGACUACCAGCCCAGCGGGGAGGCCUCCGACCGGGGCCGCGGACACAAGGCAAACUCGGAGGAAUUCAUCCCGAUAUUUGCCAACAACCCUCGGGAGCUGAAGGCCUUCCUGGAGCACAUGAUUGAGGUGGAGCCGCGCUCCCCCCAGGGCGUCUACGACACGCUAUUGGAGCUCCGUCUGCAGGACUGGGCGCACGAACAGGACCCCGAGAGAAAAAAGAUCCUGCAGGGCGACGCCGUUUCCCUCCUGAGGAGCGACAACACCGUGUUCGACAAGGCGCUGGUGCUCUGCCAGAUGCACAACUUCAAAGAGGGCGUCCUCUACCUCUACGAGAAGGGGAAACUCUACCAGCAGAUCGUGCACUACCACAUGCAGAACGAGGAGUAUGAGAAGGUGGUGGAGGCCUGCAAGCGCUACGGGGACCACGAGGGCUGCCUGUGGGAGCAGGCCCUGGGCUAUUUCGCCCGGAAAGAGGAGGACUGCAAGGCCUACAUCAGCGAGGUUCUGCUCCACAUCGACCAGAGGAACCUGAUGCCCCCCUUACUCGAGGAGGAGGAGAAGAAGGCGAAACCCCAGAAGAAGAGCAAGAUCUCCGAGGACAUCACUGUGGAGCUGGUCAUCAACGACGUCAUCGACCCCACCGCCGACGAGCUGGACGCCUCCAAGAAGAAGCUCCAGGAUCUGACCGACAGAGACCUGGCCAAACAGGAGAGGGAAAAGACGCUCAACAGCCUGGAGGCCUUCAUCUUCGAGACCCAGGACAAGCUGCACCAGGAGGAGUACCAGCAGGUGGUGACGGAGGAGGAGCGUGAGCAGAUCUCGGCGCGGCUGAGCGAGGCCUCUGAUUGGAUGGACGAGGACGGCUACGCGGCGUCCACCCGGCAGCUGCGGGAGCGGCUGGCCCAGCUGCGCGGCCUCUGCCGGGACAUGUUCUUCCGGGUGGACGAGAGGCGCAACGUGUUCGGCUCCCUGAACCUGACCACGGUCAGGCUGUCCGGGGUGGGCAGCAGCUUCCAGAAGCACUCGGACGCCGAGUCCAAAGGGAUCAAAGCCCACUUCAACAUGGACGAGAGCGGAGUGCUGCUGCUGGACCGGGUGGAAUCCGUCUUUGAAACAGUUGUGGAGGAGAAAGAAGAGGAGUCCACCUUAACCAAGUUGGGGAACACCAUCUCCACCCUGUUUGGAGGAGGAUCGUCUGAACCUGCCCCCAACGCCACCGAACCCGCUCAGCAGACCUAG